AUGCGAGAAGUGGUCAACAAUGUUCCCACGCGGACAAUUGUGGGACUUUCGCCGACUACGGAGGAAGCGUAUACCGCCUUCAUGAAGUCAAUAGAUAGUACAGCCCAUACCGUGGAUCUGGGGAAUGGCACUCGGGGCCACUGGAUUGGCAAUAGUUCCGCUGAGCAUGUGUUGUUUCAUUGUCAUGGAGGCGGAUAUGCCAUAUACGCCACCACUGCACACUUCGAAGGCCUUUGGAACAUCGUGCAGGAGCUUCGUCGCACCGGCAAAAGCCUGGCUGUGUUGCUGCUAUCAUACGAUGUGAGCAGCACGGCACAUUACCCAAGACAGCUCCAGCAAGCAUCUAGCCUCCUUUCCUAUCUCAUUCAAUCUAAGGGGAUCGCAUCAUCUAAAGUCAUGCUCUCUGGGGACUCCGCGGGCGGCCACCUAUUGUUAUCCCUACUCUCUCACAUCAUUCAUCCUCAUCCGGACGUUUCCCCGAUACUUCUCCCUCCAGGAGCCAUGUUCCUCGGCGCAGCUCUCCUCUCUCCAUGGGUCACCUUUGACACCGAGUUCUCCGACUCCAUGAGACGCAACCGAACCAAAGACGUCCUGCACAUCCCACGCCUCGAAACCUGGUCCGCCAGCUUCACCGGCACCGCGCCCCGAGACAAUUACCUCGAUCCACUGGGAGCGCCGCCCGAAUGGUGGAUCGGCCUUCGAAUCCGGGAUAUUCUAAUUGUCUCCGGCGCGGACGAGAUCUUCAUCGAUGACAUCGAUGCUUUUGCACGAAAGUUAUCGGCCGUUCAUCCAAACGUCUCUCAUUUCUCGGCCUCCGGGGAAGCUCACAUCCAACUGUUCACGGAGUUUAUGAUUCGAGAGUCAAAGUCGAAACAACGGGAUGUGCUCCAGGAAUGGAUAGGGAGCAAAAUCUAA